UUUUCGUACAGUAAAUUGAUGAGUUGUUUCUCUUAGAGUGCAAAUCGAAAACUGAGAUGUGGAUUGCCUACAAGCGAACGUUUUUAUAUGUUUUUCGUUGGUAGCAACCUCACUGAUACUCAUACAUAUGCAAUCUACACUUAGACAUUCCAUACACUCGUCCCCUUCUAUAUACUUUAUGCAACAAACAGCAGAUGUUAGAAUAUUGAAAAGGGCGCGAAAUUCCAGGUAUCAGUUUGCCUUCGUUUAGGGUAUAAAAGGGAUCAAGCUUUAAAAAUAUCGUUAGUUUGAAUUUACACUUAUCGCAAGGAUAACAGAAAAAAACUACAAUGGCUCGUACCAAGCAGACCGCUCGUAAGUCCACCGGAGGAAAGGCUCCUCGUAAGCAGCUGGCUACGAAAGCCGCUCGCAAGAGUGCGCCAGCCACCGGAGGCGUUAAGAAGCCGCAUCGCUACCGGCCAGGAACCGUCGCUCUGCGUGAAAUUCGUCGUUACCAAAAAUCCACGGAAUUGUUGAUCCGAAAAUUACCAUUCCAGCGUUUGGUUCGUGAAAUUGCUCAGGACUUCAAAACCGAUCUGCGUUUCCAGAGCUCGGCCGUGAUGGCCCUGCAGGAAGCCAGCGAGGCUUAUUUGGUUGGUCUGUUCGAAGAUACCAAUCUGUGUGCCAUCCACGCCAAGCGAGUGACCAUCAUGCCGAAGGAUAUUCAGUUGGCACGCCGCAUCCGCGGAGAACGCGCUUAAAUUCAACAUUCAACUGACAUCAAACAUAUCAACGGUCCUUUUCAGGACCACUGCAUAGUUUAAUGAGAGUUUUUGCUCGAUAUUUCCAUUUUAAGUGUGAUUGAUUAAAUUCAAUGAAGUUAAGUAAUAGUGAAACUUAUGGUUUAGAAAACUGUACUCCUCUG